AUGGGUCAGCCCGAUUAUAGGGAGGCUAGGAGACUAGUUUACAAGGCAGACCGAUACACCUUGGUGGAUGGGGUCCUAUACAAGAGGGGGUUUUCUGUGCCGCUCUUGCGGUGUGUUGAUGAGGAAGAAGCUAUGAAGGUGCUGUAUGAAAUACAUGAGGGUGAAUGUGGCAACCAUGCAAGUGGACCGUCAACGGCUCGGAAAGCCAUGAGGCAAGGGUACUACUGGCCUUCCAAGGAGAGAGAUGCUAAUGAUUUCGCAAGAAAAUGUGACAAAUGCCAAAGGUUCAGAGUGCCCUACAAGAUUAUUUCUGACAACGGCACUCAAUUUGAAGGGGGAACGUUUGAGGAAUACUGUAGGGAAAGGGGCAUAAGGAGGAGCUUUUCGGCCGUCGUGCAUCCACAGGGCAAUGGGCAGGUGGAGGCCAUCAACAAGGUCCUAAAGAGAAACUUAAAGACAAAACUAGAGAAGAUGAAGGGUGCUUGGGUCGAGGAGUUACCGAACGUGCUUUGGGCCUACAGAACCACUCCCCGCACUACCACUGGAGAGACCCCAUUCUCCUUAGCAUAUGGAUGUGAUGUGAGGCUGUCCUCCCGAUUGAGAUAA